UUAGAAAGACUGAGUCUCUCCCAGGACAGCUGCUGCGGUCACACCACAAACUUAAAAGCUGCCCUCCCGCUCCGAGCGUGCCUUUCCUCACCGCCCUCGCCUCCUCAAAGCUCCAGCUGGUGCCUGGCUCCGCGCCGCUCGAGGCAAGACGCUCGGGGGUCAGCAGCGCCCCCUGCCUCCCAGCCUGGUCGCUGCGAACGCAGCCUCCGCGCUUCGCCAGGGCCGCCGGCGGCUCCGCGGCACAGCCAGGGCUGCCGCUCACAGGAGGUCGCGCCGGUGCCCGGGGUAGCCGCGUCGCUCGCCCACAGCCCGCACCCCCUUCCUCUCUCUCUGAAAAGAUAUUGGGCAAAGAGAGAGGGAGAGAAGAGUCUGCGGCAGAGUUGUGGUCAUCAUCUGAGUGGUGAAGUUGCUUGUAUCCUAUACAUACAGACGGAUAUCAGCUGUUUCCCAGGACGGAGCCUCACUCCGUACCAGGUUAAAUUCGCACCAUUUGAAAGAGAACAUUGUUUUCAUCAUGAAUGUUAAUAAAGAUGAGAGACUAAAGUCCAGAAGCCACUAUUUUUGCCUUUUUCAUGCCUUGAUGAUGCUAAGCAUGACCACGCUGUUUCUUCCAGUCAUUGGAACUUCUAAGCAAAAUAUUCCACGACUCAAGCUAACCUACAAAGACUUGCUGCUUUCAAAUAGCUGCAUUCCCUUUUUGGGCUCAUCAGAAGGACUGGACUUCCAAACCAUUCUUUUAGAUGAGGAGAGGGGCAGGCUGCUCCUGGGAGCCAAGGACCACAUCUUCCUGCUCAGUCUGGUUGACUUGAACAAAAAUUUUAAGAAGAUUUAUUGGCCUGCUGCAAAGGAACGGGUGGAACUAUGUAAAUUAGCUGGGAAAGAUGCCAAUACUGAAUGUGCAAAUUUCAUCCGAGUACUUCAACCCUAUAACAAAACUCAUGUUUACGUGUGUGGAACUGGAGCAUUUCAUCCCAUAUGUGGAUAUAUUGAUCUUGGAGUCUACAAGGAGGAAGUUAUUUUCAAACUGGACACACAUAAUCUGGAGUCUGGCCGACUGAAAUGUCCUUUUGAUCCUCAACAACCUUUCGCUUCAGUAAUGACAGAUGAGUACCUCUACUCUGGAACAGCUUCUGAUUUCCUUGGCAAGGAUACUGCAUUCACACGGUCCCUUGGGCCUACUCACGACCACCAUUACAUCAGAACGGACAUCUCCGAGCACCACUGGCUCAAUGGAGCGAAAUUUAUUGGAACUUUUCCCAUUCCAGACACCUAUAAUCCAGAUGAUGAUAAAAUAUAUUUCUUCUUUCGUGAAUCAUCUCAAGAAAGCAGUACUUCUGAUAAGACCAUCCUUUCUCGAGUUGGAAGAGUUUGUAAGAAUGAUAUAGGAGGACAACGCAGCCUGAUAAACAAAUGGACCACUUUUCUCAAGGCCAGAUUGAUUUGCUCAAUUCCUGGAAGUGAUGGGGCAGACACUCAUUUUGAUGAGCUUCAGGACAUUUACUUACUCCCCACAAGAGAUGAAAGAAAUCCUGUGGUCUAUGGAGUCUUUACCACAACCAGCUCCAUCUUCAAAGGCUCUGCUGUGUGUGUGUAUAGCAUGGCUGACAUCAGAGCAGUCUUCAAUGGUCCAUAUGCUCAUAAGGAAAGCGCAGACCAUCGCUGGGUGCAGUAUGAUGGAAGAAUCCCGUACCCCCGACCUGGCACAUGUCCAAGCAAAACCUAUGACCCACUGAUUAAGUCCACCCGAGAUUUCCCAGAUGAUGUCAUCAGUUUCAUAAAGCGGCACCCUGUGAUGUAUAAAUCAGUCUAUCCAGUUGUGGGAGGACCAACGUUCAAGCGCAUCAAUGUGGAUUACAGACUGACACAGAUCGUGGUGGAUCACGUUGUCGCAGAAGAUGGCCAGUAUGACGUAAUGUUUCUUGGAACAGACAUUGGAACAGUCCUGAAAGUGGUCAGCAUUUCAAAGGAGAAGUGGAAUAUGGAAGAAGUAGUACUGGAGGAGUUACAGGUCUUCAAGCACUCAUCAAUCAUCUUGAACAUGGAGUUGUCUCUGAAGCAGCAACAAUUGUACAUCGGGUCCCGAGAUGGAUUGGUUCAGCUCUCCUUGCACAGAUGCGGCACUUACGGGAAAGCUUGUGCAGACUGUUGUCUUGCCAGGGACCCCUACUGUGCCUGGGAUGGAAACGCAUGUUCUCGAUACGCACCCACUUCAAAAAGGCGAGCUAGACGCCAAGACGUGAAGUAUGGGGACCCAAUCACGCAGUGCUGGGACAUAGAAGACAGCAUUAGUCAUGAAGCUGCUGAUGAAAAGGUGAUUUUUGGCAUUGAAUUUAAUUCAACCUUUCUGGAAUGUAUACCUAAAUCCCAACAAGCAUCUAUUAAGUGGUAUAUCCAGCGGUCAGGAGAUGAACAUCGGGAGGAGGACAGAUUCUUAAAUGAAAAAAAGUUGAAACCCGAUGAAAGGAUCAUCAAAACAGAAUAUGGGCUACUGAUUCGAAGUUUGCAGAAGAAGGACUCUGGGAUGUAUUACUGCAAAGCACAGGAGCACACUUUUAUCCACACCGUAGUGAAGCUGACUUUGAACGUCAUUGAGAAUGAACAGAUGGAAAAUACCCAGAGGGCAGAGCACGAGGAGGGGCGGGUCAAGGACCUGUUGGCUGAGUCACGGUUAAGAUACAAAGACUACAUCCAAAUCCUUAGCAGCCCAAACUUCAGCCUCGACCAGUACUGUGAACAGAUGUGGCACAGGGAGAAGCGGAGACAACGAAACAAGGGUGGCCCCAAGUGGAAGCACAUGCAGGAAAUGAAGAAGAAACGGAAUCGAAGACAUCACAGAGACCCAGACGAGCUUCCUAGAGCAGUGGCCACGUAGUUUUCUAUUUAAUUUAAAGAAAAGAAUUUUUUACCUGCAGAAACACUGUCUUCUGUUUCGUACAUCCUUAUACUAACUCUUAAGAGCUUUCCAUGGAGUUUUGCUAAAGCACAAGAACAAUGACCUGAAUAAGGUUCUGGACGGUGGAUAUGGCAUAGUGAGGACAAAUCAUUCAUCUGAACCAGUUUCAAGAUCUGAAAUUAAACCUGCAGUGUCAGAAUUAGCCUCCAAACAGGGGCUUCCCAUUUGUAAAUGUUUUAUGUUCUGAGUUUUGAAUUUAUUAUGUCAUGUAAAUAACUGAGCUAGGGAAGCAUCAGAUUUGGUUAUUAUAAGAAGGUGCUUUAUUUCCCUUGCAUGGCCUUUAAGCAUGGAGUUUACCAUGCAGUUGUGCUACAUGUUCUUAUGAACAGAUAUGUCAUUCCACUCUAGAACUGGCUACUUGGUGGUAGGGAUGGGAGGGAAGACACAAAUUCAUACAGCUCACAUUCUCAACAGGAGCUUUUCCAGUGAGCCAUUCACUCUGAGUGCAUGGUUUAGGAAUUUGGAGAGGUGCAUUAUUUCUUUCAGACCCCAGGGGUUACGUUUAGUGUCCUGCAGCAUUAAUUUACUGAAGGGCGUAAAUGCUCCUCCCAGGAUUCCUUAUGAUUUGUCAGGAGUGACAGGUUCACAGAGAGAAGUUGGUGCUCAGUUGUGUCUUUAGGAUAUAUGCUGAGUUUUACAGGGACAGAAUGCUUAAUAAAUAUUUUAAUAGGCUAUGGGAAAACAUUUUAAUAAAAUAAGGGAAACAUCAUGAUGUAGACUGCAUCCUAAUGGGAAGGCAUGCAGUUGGGAUUUGUUUAGAGAUAGAAGGAAAGACAGCCAUAAAUUCUGGCUUUGGGGAAAACUCAUAUCCCCAUAAAAAGGAGGAAAAAUCACAAAUAUAGUGGGUGAAGUGUAAUGUAGCUUUAUCCACUAGAGUAUAAGUAGUUGCCAAUUUGUAAUCCAUCUGUUUAAAAAAUUCUAGACUAUAUAACAAACUGCUAGCAAAAGUCUGAGGGAAAGUAAAUUUUCUGAAGGAUCGUGGGAAGAAUGAAUACAAAUUUAUUUAUAACUAAUGGGGUUUUGGUGUGUACUUCCUCUCUUUUUUCUAAAAAUUCAUCAUACUCUAUAAAUUAUUUCUGUUUACUGCCUGUAUUCUCUCCUGACUAUUGGAUUAUUAGAUUUUAUCUGAGUGAAUAGGAAAAAACAAUAUAUACAUACAUAGAGAGAUAGACUUAGUUAGACAACAGUGGUGGGAGCGGGGUACUAUGUAUUUGUUGAAUAACAGAACAAAUGCAAAAAUUCUGACAACGGAAAGGGUUAAAUUAACUCUUUGACAUCUUUUCACAAAAUCUUCUUGCAUUUCUGAGGUUACAUGCUGUAAUUCAAGUAGCAUUGUUUUAGUAACUUAAUAAAUAAACCUUAAAUAAGCCUACUUCAUGUAAAAAAAACAAGCAACAUUAACAUAAACAUUUUUCAUAUUUUGUUAGCACUUUCAAAUGUUUCCAAUUUGGCCUUCCCUCUAAAUAUGUAUGGUGUGUUUCCUGCCUGUUCAAAGCAGGACUCACCUUUCCUUCAUAUAACACAAAACCCUUAGCCUUCUUCUGUUUUGCCUUUUCACGCUCUUUUUAGUGUGAAAUGAAAAAUUAGUCACUUCCUCACAUGGAAGGCAGCUUUUCAGAAAACUAAAUAGCAGACACUGCUCGUUUCUCAUGCAUUCUACGCGUCUUGAAAGUAAAGCCUGUGAGAACCCAUCUGAUUAGAGGGCAACUUACUAUAGAGUUCGGCAUCAUGUCUGUGACUGGCUUUACGUUCAAAACAUUCUAUCUUACAUUCAUUUUACUUGCAUUGCUUACCUAUCUCAAAGUAGUCACUGAUACAUGAGGUUAAGUCAUCUUUUGAUACAAUACUCAUAAAUAUUUGUAGAUGUUUUACUAUAAGGAAAACUUAGGAAGGUAGGUUUUUUAAAAAGUGAACCAGAACAAAUCACUCUUAAAAAGUAAUCCAUAAGGACAGUUAUUAUACUAUCAGACUGUUAAGUGAAUACCAUAACAAGACUGUUUGUAACUAUUCAUUUGCUGGCUUAAAAUGUUCCAGGAACUCAUAAGACGCUCUAAGUAUGUAAGAAGGAACUUGUUUUAUUUUUAAAGGAUUUCCAACUAUUUGUAUAUCAGACAGUAAUGAUCAAAUUAUGGAUAGCUUUGGGAAAAUUACACGAAGCUCAAAUGUUAGGAUUGACUUGUGAAAAUAAAUUUGGUUUUCAUCAAAA